GGCCUGGAGCGGCAUCCUCGCCGGCAGCGAGCAGACGGCCGCACGGACGACUCCGCGUGCUGCACUGCAUGCCGACGCGUUCGCUCGUGGACACUUUCGGGCCGGUGCUCGGCCGGGAGGAAUGUCUGUCUUCGGCGGUCGUCGUCGAGCGCGUGGUGCGAGCUCCCCUCCGUGGCGUUUUCUUUUUUCUUAGGUGCUUCCCGCGCUCGCGACGCUCGGCCACGCGAGUCUAGUCGGGCCCAUCCGUCUCGCUGUCUUCGAGCGGAGCAGCACGUGUGCUCACCCCGUUCGGCACCCCGGCACAUCCCGCGCCGGGACCGGAAUUCACGUUCGCGUGCCCGCACGUUCAAACUCUAAGCUGGAACGUCGGCCUUUUCAUUUUUUACCUUUGCUUGUGCUUUCGUAGAACCUGCGAUGUCGGAACUGUGUUCGCCCGUCUUAAUCCCAAAGUGACGAAGACGCGAGAACUAUCAUCCGGGCUUUUGUGAACCGCGGACUCCACUCGUUCUUCGCGUCCUCCCUUGGGUUGCGACUGUCGCAGUGUCGAAAAAUAUACGCACCCCCGUCUUAGAGUGCGUCCACUCGACGCGCACUUCGCAGCUCCGCCGGCAAGACACGUUCGUUCCGUUUCGUUCGGAAAUCGACGUCAGCACUCGAAGAACGCACGCGCUUCGCCGGUCGCCCAUAGAGCGAACGAUUCCUCGACGGACGGCAAUGACGCGCAAGACGAUGACGGGAUCCUUCUGCGUCGAGCCAUGAGACAUGGAAGACGUCCUUCGAGUUUCGUGCCGCGGAUACUUGCGCUGCCGUAGAGGACUCCGUCGCCAUGGAAACGUGCGUGCUCAUACCGCCGGAGUUCAGCCUGGUGCUGAGCACCGCGGAGGACUCGUCGAAGCGCGACAGCGACUUGGACGAGGACGACGCCGCGUCCAGGACCCAUCCGUACGACAUGAAAGUGCGACUGUGGGCCAACCAGGCCAUUCCCGCCGGCAAGGUCUUCUCUCCUGCCGAGGGUUCUGUUCGCCUCGAUCGACUGGAAGUGUACGGCCUUCUGGAUGACAAUGACGUUCGCCACUCGCUGGGCUGCUACGACGAGAUCCGCGAGGUGGAGGAACGCCAGGUGCGCCACUGCAACUGGGUGCGCUUCGUGCGGCUCGCCAAGCGGCUGUCGGCGCGCGUCAACCUGGUGGCCAGGCGGGCGUCGCCGCAGCAGAGGCAGGCGCCCGUGCUGUACCGCGUGCUGAGGCCCGUGCGGCCGAACACCGAGCUGGUGGCCUUCUUCGACGACGGCGCCGAGGAAGAGCAGGCGCUCGGCAUCGCCGCCACCUCGACGCCCAAGGCGGCCGUCGCACUGGAACGCCGCCUCUUUCAGAGGACUCUGCAAGACUUCCCGCUGGACCUGUCCCAGAACCUGCUGUCGCCGUCAACGUCGACUUCGGCGUCAUCAGCGUCCCCCAGUUCGUGUCGCGCGUCGUCGUCGACGUCGUCGUCGUCUUCAGGACUUCUCCGGACGCCCGCCUCCAUCAUCUCGACGUCGACUUGCUCCUCUUCUUCGUCGCCGUCCACCUCGGAGGCCAACAACGAGAACAUUCAGCCGAACCAGACGAGGAAAAGCAAGGAGAAGAAGCGACGGCAGAAGUGCAUGCUCAGCUGCGAGUUCUGCACCAAGACCUUCGACCGACCUUCCCUGCUCAGGCGGCACAUGCGCACACACACGGGCGAGAAGCCGCACGCGUGCGACGUGUGCGGCAAGGCGUUCAGCACGUCCAGCUCCCUCAACACGCACCGCCGCAUCCACUCGGGCGAGAAGCCCCACCAGUGCCCCGUGUGCGGGAAGCGGUUCACGGCCUCCUCGAACCUCUACUACCACCGCAUGACGCACUCCAAGGAGAAGCCGCACAAGUGCCCCGUGUGCUCCAAGUCGUUCCCGACCCCGGGCGACCUGAAGACGCACGCGUACGUGCACAGCGGGUCGUGGCCCUUCCGCUGCCACCUGUGCGACCGCGGGUUCAGCAAGCACACGAACCUCAGGAACCACUUGUUCCUGCACACCGGAGACCGGCCGCACACCUGCGACGUCUGUCACAAGACAUUUGCCCUGGCCUGCAACCUGCGGGCGCACAUGAAGACGCACCAAGAAGGCUGUCCCCACGUGCAGUGCCAGCACUGCCGGGCCGAGUUCCCGGUGUCCAGCCGCCUGGUGGUGAACGGACAGUGCCAGCAGUGCGCGCACCAGCCCACGCUGCUGCCGCCGCCGCCGUUGACCGUGGCGCGCCAGCAGGACUUCUCGAUCCGCAGGCUCGUCAGCCCCUAGUCACCACGCGACCACGUGUUCCCCAAAUGCGGCCAUGACGUGCGUGCCCCCCGAUGCAGUCCGUCGAAAAGAUGGCGCGCGGCUAACGAGCAAAGUGCUGCGCUAUCAGAGCGAGCGAGCGACCCACUCGACCCGGUUGGUUCGUUCUCUCCGCCUUCUCUCCUCUUACUACGUGCUACGAGAGACGUCCGCACGUAUGCCAAGGUUCGACAGGGAACUGGUCUCUGAGGAACUGUGCCACUCGACAAUGUUUAAGCGUCGGGUAUUAGUUGAAACUGUGUGCAGAAAAAAAUAGGCAGUACGUUUCUUUUUUUUUUCUCCUACAGAGAAAGAAGAAAGAAGACCAGAGGGCGACGUGAUGCAUUUUCAACUGCCACCGUUGUCCGUAUUGUAAAGGCCAGCGACUAUCUUUUCAGUAUCGACAGGUGACCACGGUUUACACUGAACCUUCAAGGACGCGCAAGCUCGGGCUUCCCACGUGACAGGGUUGUUCCACACUUUAGUUGCACAGCCGCUCACUGAGUUUUGUCAAAGCGCAAGUGGAUAUGGCAGCUUGAGUUGAGUGCACGUACUUUGCGUCACCUCGAUGUGAAACGUUGUCCCUCGAAUCUGGCGUUCAUUGAGCGAAGCAGGGAUUGGACACCUUGAUCGUAAUUUGUCGUUUAACUCUGAAUUUCCCGAAGUGCUUCACUACUCCCGACAUGGUAAACGCCCGGAAUGAAAGAUUCUGCAACUGCCAUAAACAACAACAACAAAAAACAAUAAUACCAUUUGAUGCACUGCCUCUUCAAGUGUCGUCAGAAAAUCUAAGCCAGAGGACAGUUCUCUCGUAACGUAACAAGACUCCACACAACUGGCACAGCUUUGGCUAUGAAACAGACCAAAGAAGCGACCGUUCUAAGUAGUUCUUUCUCUCCGGAGUUAAAUAUUGUAUAUCAAUACGCGCUCUUUACAACUUGAAAUCUACUUCACCCGCAUAAAUAUUGUGAGGGUCACUAGACUGUUGUGCGCAUGUUAUGGUUAACAGGGUAUAUAUAAAAAAGUGUUCAUACCAUGUGUAUUUGCUCGCAUGCAUCGCAUAGAAGAAAGUGUCGCAGUACAAUGCUUGCAUAAAGGAUGCGCAGUUCACCUCACGAAUUCCGGCAGGUAUUGCAAGAAAAGCAAUAAACGAAGAUGACGCGUAAUGGGUAAAAAGUUUCACUGAAUAGAGCACUACGCAUAUUGGACUAUUGAUUCAAGUUCUUGACCGUUGCUGCGAUGGCUAAUAUGUUACAUCGCCAUUAUAGGCACUGGUGCUUAUAGGUGUCUCGUGCCAAUUUUAUCUCCGAUAAAUUGACCACUUGGUACUACUGCGGCAGCCGUCACGCACGUAAAGGACGGGUGAAGGACACGCGAAGGACAGCACCCCUCCUGACGAGUCUAUCUGAGGCACGGCGAAUACAUUGCGGGUAAAAAAGUCUAGCGGACGUCACGAGCUCUUGCCGAUGGCGUUCACCGCACGCCUCCGCAAAUGCUUGUCUCCAAGACGGAUGUGGUUAUACGUUUGUGCAUAAGAUGUUUAUUGCAUGCCUUUCUCUUACCGAACGUUCACAUUUUUUAUAUAUAUGUUGUGUAAAGCUCCAAACGUCUCCGUUCAUUUGCACAGCUGCGCCGUUUUGCACCAUGCGUUGCACGUGGCUUAGCUUUUUGUUGUUGACGCACACCAUUAUAAGGCCUCACCCGACGUGGUAGCGCUGCGCCACCGAGCACAAGGUCGUGGGUUCGACAUCCGGCCAAGGCGGCCGCAUUUCGAUGGAAAAAAAUUUAAUUAUGGGGUUUUACGUACCAAAGCCUCUUUCUGAUUAUGAGGCACGCCGUAACUCCGGAGAUUUUGACCACCUGGGGUUCUUUAACGUGCACCUAAAUCUAAGCACACGGGUGUUUUCGCAUUUCGCCCCCAUCGAGAUGCGGCCGCCGUGGCCGGGAUUCGAUCUCGCGACCUCGUGCUCAGCAGCCCAACACCAUAGCCACUGAGCAACCACGGCGGGUCCAUUUCGAUGGAGUCGGGAUGCGAAAGGCGCUUGUGUGCCGUGCAUUGGGUGCACGUUAAAGAACCCCACGAGGGGUCGAAAUUAAUCUCGAGUCUCCCACGAAGGCGUGCCUGAUAUGCAAAUCGUAAAACCCAUGGCAUUACAUUUUUUUGAAGCAUUACGUACGGCUCGUACGCGCAAGGUUCUUUUUUUUUUUCAACGUGGCACCACAUGUAGCGCUCCUAAUCUCCGAUCAUCACCAAAUUACGAUACGUCCGCAGCGCCGUCUUUCAGGAAAGAUAAAAGAUCGCAGUUACGCGCCCUACGAGUGACUUUCGUCGCUAUACUUUUCGAGAACGCGUAAGAAUGGCGCGAAAUAUUUAAAGCACGCUGUACGCAUUCACAGCACGUUAAAGGGGCACUACAGAGAAAACGUUACGUUAGGAUGCAUGAGUAACUUACUCUUGUGCGACAUCAAAAUGGCUACUCGUACACCGGUUUGGUGCGGUGCCAGAAAAGAGACGAAAGACGGGCGGCGACUUCGUCCUAAAUUUCCCGCAUCAACUUGCCGCGACGUCACAGAUCUUGGAAGCGUCUCCGCCUGUCCAGCGAAUUGUUUACCGAUAAAUAAGAGCUAUAAUAGAUUGAAUUCGAAAGAAGCCAAAGACUAGACCUUGCAGAUUUCGAUAACCCUUCCAGCCAUCAAAACGUGCUAUACCCGAGAAGAUACUUCGAAAUCCGUGACGUCAAAGUGACGCACCUGCACUAGCCGCAUCGCCUCGAAAUUUAUAAAGUGGAACAGUUAUCUUCGUUUCCUUCGGCGUAGCAAUAAACCCGUUCCAGCGAAGUGAAUCAAGAAUUUAGAAAAAUAUUUCACCCGCGGUCAUAAACUUAAUUUAGUGUUGCUCUUAAUGUUCCUCCAACUCGGGAAACUAGUCUUCUGGUAUGCGACAGUAAAUAACAAAGAAUUGUGUGCGUAUAUGUACAUUUCCUGCCCUUUGGCGCAAUAACCAAACACUAAUCAGUAUUCCUGUCCCGCAAAGACAUGUCACCAUGUUAUAUAAAUAAAUGUGCCCUUUGUAACGGUGCCCGCCCGCCCAGCAUCGCGUCUGAACGCCACGCACCUGUCAAGUGAUAAAGCUUCCUGGCGAGUGGCGCCAGGAAAAAAAAAAUAAAACAACGUCACCGUAAUGUAGGGUUUUGGAGACCCAAAGGGUCGCAUGCAGCUUCCUGAACCAAAGAACCGCUUGCUUGGCAAAUUAUGAAUGCAUGCCACCGGUGCCCAGUGUUUCGCGCUUUGGCCAAAGAAACCACUGAAGCUUAUGUAACUGAAUGUAAUUUGUAGUUUGUGCGUGUCUGUUAUUGUGACUGUUAUGGUUGUGAGCGUGGAUUUUGCUUCCGCUGUAGCUUAGAGAACUUUCAUGUAGCGGGAAAGCAAAUGUGUACAAAGAUUAAUAGUUAGUAGGCCUACAGCCACACCUUCCUGGUCAUGACCCGAUGUUUGCGCCCGUGUGAUUGUCAA